AUGAAGAUAACCAGCUGCUUAACGUCACAGAUCCUAACAAAACGCAUGGAAGAGAGAAGCAGCUUACUUGAACCUGAACAACCUGGAGCCUUUGAUCUGCAGAGUCGCAUCACGGGGUUAAAAGACCAACUCGCGAAGGAAAAAGAUGAAUAUGAUGAUGCCCUGAAACCUAUCUUUGAGGAGAGUCUUCAACAUGAAGGGAGUUUGGAUAUUCUAGAACUGAAUAGAUUGAGAAGAGCCCUCAUGAUUGGUUCUCAUGCUUGGGAUCAUCAGCUUUACUUGUUAAACUCUCAACUCAAAAAAGCUAGUGAUGGCAAUGCUUCUAGGAGUCUAGAGAUGCAAGAUGAGCCUCCAAAGACUGACCAGAGACUGCAGCAAGAAGGUGCAGAUGAAGAAGGGGAAGGUAAAGCUAACUCUGAUGGAGGAGAAGCCAAUGGCUCUUCCCUGUCUGAGAGGAUAGACUCAGAGUGGUUAGGCCCGUUCCACACUCUUGAAAAAGCGAGACAGAAGGCGGCUUUGUUCUCCACUCCGGAUCAGAGUCCAGGCCAUGGUGAGAGACCCUGUCUCCAACGUGAUGAGGACUUACAGAAGUUGCCACUAGAAGUGCAGAAGCUGGACCUCAUCGUUGGCUCAGCGCCUACGUACAUCUCUUCAGCGUCUCAGAUGGCUGAUGGCGCUCGGAUGUUGAUUCCUCAACGUGGCCUCAACGACAUUGUGAUCCCUGUAUACGAUGAUGAUCCAGCAAGUGUUGUGUCAUAUGCUCUCAACUCGAAGGAGUAUAAAGAGUGGGUUGCUAACAAAGGCAGCAACUUGAAUAACAACAGCAGAGAAUCUGAACCUUCAACGUUCUCCACGUGGCGUUCCCUAGGGGCGAUGGACGUUGAUUACAUUCACCACGGAGGGAAAAGCAAUGUUUACUUCGCCAAGUCGUUAGACGAGAGGUUCAUCAUAAAGCAAGUAGUCAAAACCGAGCUGGAUUCUUUUGAGGACUUUGCACCUGAGUACUUUAAGUACAUGAAGGAGUCACUCACUUCAGGAAGCCCCACGUGUCUAGCUAAGAUUCUCGGUAUCUACCAGGUUUCUAUUAAGCACUCAAAAGGUGGAAAAGAGACGAAAAUGUAUCUAAUGGUGAUGGAGAAUCUAUUCUACAACAGGAGAAUAUCAAGAAUCUAUGAUCUCAAAGGAUCUACACGGUCACGGUACAAUCCAAACACAUCCGGAACAGACAAAGUUUUGCUCGACAUGAAUCUGCUCGAGACAUUACGGACAGAGCCAAUAUUCUUGGGAAGCAAGGCGAAGAGAAGCUUGGAGAGAGCUAUAUGGAAUGAUACAAACUUCUUAGCUACUGUGGAUGUAAUGGACUAUUCAUUGUUGGUUGGGUUCGACGAAGACCGUAAGGAGUUGGUUCUUGGAAUCAUAGACUUCAUGAGACAAUAUACAUGGGACAAGCACCUUGAGACAUGGGUCAAAGCUUCAGGGAUUUUGGGUGGACCCAAGAACGCUUCUCCGACCAUAGUCUCACCAAAACAGUACAAGAGGAGGUUUCGUAAGGCCAUGACCACUUAUUUUCUAACUGUUCCUGAGCCAUGGACCUCUUGA